AUGUCCAAGGUCGGCAAUCCUCAAGUAUACGAAGACGGUGACCAAAAGACAUCGCCACCCACAGACCAUAACCCUCCAAAAAAGAUCAACGAGGCCUGGGAGCGGUCGUAUUUUGAUAUCGAAGACAUGGAUGAGCGCAGCAUCGGCAAAACCAUGGAGACCGCUUGGAAACAGCGUCCCUAUGAUGAAUCGAGGAUAAGGUCCGCAGAUCCUAAAGUAGACCCUCUUGGACCUGCAAUAGUCCACGGAAAUGAGCCAUCCAAGGGUGCGAAGAUCGACGCCGAGUUAAAGGCUGAAGAUGAGGAAAUGCUGAGAAAGAAGAAAGAAAAGCCCUGGAAGGGGAGAGACUAA